CAGCAGUUGUCCAUACAAUACAGCACCACGACACACCUUCACCAUGGCUACAUCUGCACGCGGACCACCCGGCGCCGUCGCCGUGCCCAAAGAAGGCAUCCCCAACAGGACCCUGUACGUGCGCAAUCUCCCCGACAAGCUGCCCAAAGAGGACCUGAAGCGGAACUUGUACAUGCUGUUCGCGACGUAUGGCGUUAUUCUGGACAUCGUAGCGCUCAAGACGAUGAAGAUGCGCGGACAGGCGCAUGUUGUGUUCCGGGACAUUGAUUCCUCGACACAAGCUAUGCGUGCGCUGCAGGGCUUUACCUUUUUUGGCAAGGACAUGACCAUCGCCUAUGCAAAGACGAAGUCGGACACCAUUGCCAAACUCGAUGGCACGUUCAAGAUGCCCGAGCCGGAGCGCGAACACGAUUCUGAAGACGCGGCUGCACAACCUACUGGCUUUGGGGUGGUGCCGGCGAAGGCGGUGCCGGUCAAUGAGCAGGAUCGAGCAAAGGGGCAGAAGCGAGCACGCGAGGAAGAAGAGGAGGAGGAGGAAGAUGAAGACGCCGAGAUGGAGAUGGACGUUAGCGACGAAGACUCAGACUAGCACUCCAUAUAUCACACGCUGGUUGAGGACCGAGCAAAGAAAAUACAGCCUUGGGAACGCCAUCCACGACACGCCUGUAGGAGAGAACGGUCAAGGCGCGGAUACAUACAGGGUGGGGAUCAGCGACACGAGUCGCCUAUAUAGGAGAAAGAUGACCGCCAAAUGACGUUAUGCCACGAGAUCUGCGACGACCUGAUAGAAAGAUGUGAUGAUUACCAUAUCUACAUAAAUAAACCAAGUCGAGACCGCGGGCUCCCUUAAAGCGCGGAG